CAGGUGGUGGGGGGAGAGCAUGAGGCCUCUGCCCGCCCCCCGUUCUAUGAUUAACCAAGGCCCUCUUCCCCACUGUGCCCCUCCUCCUGCCACGCCGAGGCCCUGAGUCAUUGUUUUAACUACCCCCCAGGAUGCUGAGCACCCUCAGUGCUGCUGCCCAGGCUUCUGCUUCCCCCGCGACGUGCUGCUCAGCGAUGGCCUUUGGCAUGGUGCUCCUCCUGGCUGUGCUGGCUUCUUGUCAUGGAUUCAACCUGGAUGUGGAGGAGCCCACCGUCUUCCGAGAGGACGCAGACAGCUUCGGACAGAGUGUGGUACAGUUUGGCGGAUCUCGGCUCGUGGUGGGAGCCCCCCUGGAGGUGGUGGCAGCCAACCAGACAGGACGGCUGUACGACUGUGCGUCUUCCACCGGCAUGUGCCAGCCCGUCCCCCUGCACAUCCCCCCAGAGGCCGUAAACAUAUCCCUGGGCCUGUCCCUGGCAGCCUCCACCAACCACUCGUGGCUGCUGGCCUGUGGCCCGACCAUGCACAGAGCCUGUGGGGAGAACAUGUAUGCCAAAGGCUCCUGCCUCCUGCUGGGCUCCCACUUGCAGAUCAUCCGGACAGUCCCAGCUGCCCUGCCAGAGUGUCCCGUUCCAGAGAUGGACAUUGUCUUCCUGAUCGACGGCUCUGGCAGCAUCGACCAGAGUGAAUUUCUCCAGAUGAAGGCCUUUGUCAGAGCUGUGAUGGGCUGGUUCAAGGGCACCAACUCCUCGUUCUCGCUGCUGCAGUACUCAAACCUCCUGAAGAUCCAUUUCACCUUCGCCGAAUUCCACCGCAGCUCAAGCCCUCAGAGCCUGGUGGAUCCCAUCGUUCAGCUGAAGGGCCUGACCUACACGGCUACCGGCAUCCUGAAAGUGGUGACAGAGCUAUUUCAUAGUAAGAAUGGAGCCCGUGAAAGUGCCAAGAAGAUCCUCAUUGUCAUCACAGACGGGCAGAAGUACAAAGACCCCCUGGAAUACAGUGCUGUCAUCCCCCAGGCAGAGAAGGCCGGCAUCAUCCGCUAUGCCAUCGGGGUGCGGCCCCCUCUUCACUGCUGUCCCAGACUCAGCCUGCGCCUCACCCAGGCAAAGGGCUGGUGGGCUCCUCCUCCUCAGCGGCCUCUCUGCUGCAGGUGGGCGACGCUUUCCAGGAGCCUGCUGCCAGGGAGGAGCUCAACACCAUUGGUUCAGUGCCUCCGCAGGACCACGUGUUCAAGGUGGACAACUUUGCAGCACUUGGCAGCAUCCAGAAGAAGCUGCAGGAUAAGAUCUUUACAGUGGAGGGUAAAUCGGGUAGCAAGGUUGGGCCUUCGAGUUAAAGGGGUCCUGACCCAAUUGUCCCCCACAGUCCUGAUUUGGUGCAUCCCUUUUCACAACUCAUCCAAAAUUGCUCUGCAGAACCCAAGCCCCAGACCAUGGUCUCCUCCCUCUGCUCUGAGUCCUCAUGGUCUCAUCGUUUCUGGGAACCUAAGUGACCUGUUUCCCACAGGAACCCAAUCAAGGACAAGUAGCUCCUUUCAGCAUGAGAUGUCUCAGGAAGGCUUCAGUUCAGUGCUCACAAUGGCUGUCUUCCUGAUCCAGCUGCUCAGCCCUGGAACCCUUCCCUCCCAGGAUGGACCGGUUCUGGGGGCUGUGGGGAGCUUCAGCUGGGCCGGAGGUGCCUUCCUGUACCCCCCAAACAUGAAUCCCACCUUCAUCAACAUGUCUCAGGAGAAUGUGAACAUGACGGACUCUUACCUGGGUUACUCCAGCGAGCUGGCCCUGUGGAAGGGGGUGCAGAGCCUGGUCCUGGGGGCCCCCCGCCAUCAGCACACCGGGAAGGUUGUCAUCUUCACCCAGGAGUCCGGGCAGUGGAGGCCGAAGGCCGAAGUCGCAGGGGCCCAGAUCGGCUCCUACUUCGGGGCCUCCCUCUGCUCCGUGGACGUGGACGGAGACGGCGGCACCGACCUGGUCCUCAUCGGGGCCCCCCACUACUACGAGCAGACCCGGGGGGGCCAGGUGUCUGUGUGCCCCCUGCCCCAGGGGCCGAGCAGGUGGCAGUGUGAAGUCAUUCUCCGCGGGCAGCAGGGCCACCCCUGGGGCCGCUUUGGGGCGGCUCUGACAGUGCUGGGGGAUGUGAAUGGGGACAAGCUGACGGACGUGGCCAUCGGGGCCCCGGGAGAGCAGGAGAAGCGGGGUGCUGUCUACCUGUUUCAUGGCGCCCCAGGACUCGGCAUCAGCUCCUCCCACAGCCAGCGGAUCGCAGGCUCCCAGCUGUCCCCCAGGCUGCAGUAUUUUGGGCAGUCGCUGAGCGGAGGCCAGGACCUCACACAGGACGGACUGGUGGACCUCGCUGUGGGGGCCCAGGGCCACGUGCUGCUGCUCAGGAGCCUGCCGGUGCUGACAGUUGACGUGACCAUGAGAUUCACCCCUGGGGAGGUGGCGAAGGCCGUGUACCGGUGCUGGGAAGACGUGCCCACCACCCUGGAAGCUGGGGAGGCCACAGUCUGUCUCACUGUUCACAAAAGCUCACUUGACCAGUUAGGUGAUGUCCAGAGUUCUGUCAGGUACGAUCUGGCACUGGACCCAGGACGUCUGAUUUCUCGAGCCAUUUUUGAUGAGACCAAAAACUGGACUUUGACUCGAAGAAUCACCUUGGGGCUGGGGGAUCACUGUGAAACCAUGAAGCUGCUUUUGCCAGACUGUGUGGAGGACAUGAUGAGCCCCAUCAUCCUGCGCCUCAACUUCUCCCUGGUGGGAGAGCCCAUCCCCUCGCUCAGGAACCUUCGCCCUGUGCUGGCUGUAGACACACAGGACCUCUUCACAGCCUCUCUUCCCUUUGAGAAGAACUGUGGGCAAGAUGGCCUCUGCGAAGGGGACCUGAGUGUCGACCUCAGCUUCUCAGGCCUGAAGACUCUGAUGGUGGGGAGCUCCCCGGAACUCAAUGUGACAGUGACUGUGUGGAAUGAGGGCGAGGAUUCCUACGGAACUGUGAUCAACUUCUACUACCCGGCAGGGCUGUCCUUUCGACGGGUGUCAGCAAGCCAGCAACCUCAUCAGCGCCCACUGCGCCUGGCCUGUGAGGCAGUGCCCUCCAGAAAUGAAGGCUUGAGGAGCAGCAGGUGUAGCAUCAACCACCCCAUCUUCCAAGAGGGUUCUAAGGGAACCUUCAUAGUCACAUUUGAUGUCUCUCACAAGGCAAACCUAGGAGACAGAAUGCUUAUGAGGGCCAAUGCAAGCAGUGAGAAUAAUAAGCCUGCAACCAGCAAGACAAACUUCCAGCUGGAGCUGCCAGUGAAAUAUUCCGUCUACACAGUAAUCAGCAGGCAGGAGGAAUCCACCAAGUACUUCAACUUUUCAACUUCUGAUGUGAAGAGCACGAAAGAGGCUGAGCAUCGAUAUCGUGUGAAUAACCUGGGUCAGCGAGAUCUGGCGGUCAGUGUUCAUUUCUGGGUCCCCGUCCUGCUGAACAGUGUGGCUGUGUGGGACGUGGCCCUGGAGGCCCCUGCACAGAGCCUCCCCUGUGUGUCAGAGAGAGAGCCGCCCCGGCAUCCUGACUUCCUGACCCACAUUCUGGGGAGUUCUGUGCUGGACUGCUCCAUUGCUGGCUGCCUGAGGUUCCGCUGUGACGUCCCCUCCUUCGGCAUCCAGGAGGAGCUUGACUUCAUCCUGAAGGGCAACCUCAGCUUCGGCUGGGUCAGCCAGACAUUGCGGAAGAAGGUGUUGGUCGUGAGUGUGGCCGAAAUCACGUUCGACAGGUCCGCGUAUUCCCAGCUUCCAGGACAGGAGGCGUUUAUGAGAGCCCAGAUGGAGACGGUGCUGGAGGAGUAUGAGGUCUACAACCCCAUCCCCCUCAUGGCGGGCAGUUCUGUGGGGGGUCUGCUGCUUCUGGCUCUCAUCACAGCCGCACUGUACAAACUUGGGUUCUUCAAACGUCAGUACAAAGAAAUGCUGGGUGACAAGCCUGAAGAUGCUGCUACCUUCAGUGGGGAGGAUUUCAGCUGUGAGGCUUCAAAUUUGCCUUUGUCCUAAUAAUCUAAUGUCCUGUUCAUCUCUGUCCCCAUGGGUUGGCCUUGCCUCCACCUAUAAAUCUACUUCUGUGGAAACAACCUCUGCAUAGAUCCGAACCGGCCUGAACAACCUAUCAGGUGCAAAGCCACCUUCCCAAAGAGGUAGAGAUUUUUAUAUUUUUACGAAUCCAAUUUCUUCAGGAAUGACCCACUUUUUACAGAAGCAGGCAUGAUGCCAGCAUAAAUUUUCAUAUGUGUAAGAAUUGUCACAUUAAAGGAGGAUGUUCACAACACA